AUGGACUUCACAUAUGUAGGAGUUACUAUGGACUUUACAUAUGUAGGAGUUCCUAUGGACUUCACAUAUGUAGGGGUUCCUAUGGACUUCACAUAUGUAGGGGUUCCUAUGGACUUCACAUAUGUAGGGAUUCCUUCCUAUGGAGUUCACAUAUGUAGGAGUUCCUAUGGACUUCACAUAUGUAGGGGUUCCUAUGGACUUCACAUAUGUAGGAGUUCCUAUGGACUUCACAUAUGUAGGGUUUCCUAUGGACUUCACAUAUGUAGGAGUUCACAAGUACAUUGUGCAUACUCGUGUACAAAGAGACCAUACAUGUACAUUUCAGUAUGUGGAUUGAAAAGCAUUUAGAGUACUGAACUCAUUGCAUUUUUUAAACACACUUUUUUGCAAUGAACUGAUUUUCAGUUAUUUAAACUAGGAUUAAGUUUUUUAAGGAAAAAUAAAUAUCAAGGAAACUCCCUGUAAUAUCUUUUGCGUAUCUUUAUUAUGUCCCCAGCACACAGUGUCAACCUAGCUUCAAAUAUUUCCAGUGUCCAUUAAUCAUCAGACAAAAGUCCAACAACCGAUACAAAAGUUAUACAAAACGUUAUUGAAAAAGAGAGGCGAGACCAUUCACUAGAUAUCCUUGAUAUAGCUGGUGCAACUUUUAUUGAUAAAUCAGGAAAGUUGUUAGUUUAUCAUCUUCUUUAUGUCGUGCUCUAUUUACAAAACGUAAUGGUUCAUAUAUAUUAUCAACCACCGCUAUAUCAUUUCCUCUUUUAUAUCGUUAUUACGUUCGGGGAAGUCUCGUGAAACAGAGAUAAUUUUAUGAUUUAUCAUCUAGUUGUUCUUAAUGUUUUCCUAUUUUCAAUUACCAUCAUAUUAUAAAAUGAAUGAAAUAUGACAAAUUCAUCCAACAUGUGAAUA